AUGUCGACCGCGUCCACCUCUCGUCUCUCAGGAACAUCGCGGGACAGUGUCUCCAUUGCGCAGGCCAUGGCAUCCACGGCGCAACCCCAGCCUCCCGUGGGUAUCCUCCCUACCCACCUCGCCAGCAUGGCGGUCGGCGAGGCAAUCGGCGCCCUCGGCACGCUACUCAACCAUAUCAUGCACCUCGGCGUAACCCGCGAGACGCCAGCUCUCGCACACGCCCUAUGCGAGAUCGCCGAGGAGAUAUUGAGGUAUCUCUGCGACGCCGAUCUCCUCCCAAGCACCACAGACCCCCACCUGUUCCUCAGUAUACGCACGGACGCCCUACGUCAACGGAGAAUGCUCCUCACACAAUCGGCGGUCAUGCACCAACAGACGGCCCAGAUCACGAACCAAGAGCACGCACUCGCUGCCGCCGAUCGGGAGCGCCACGAGCUGGAGCUCACCGUCCUCGCCCAGACGGCGACCAUCCAGCGUCAAGCAAUUCUGCUUCGGAGUCAGGCGAGGGUAAUGGCCGGGAAGCACCACCAGGUCGCUGCCCUCACCCGCGAGCUCGACAGCUAUCAAUCCACCGUCACAACCCUCGCCGACUAUGAACGUGACAUCAUUGAGCAAUUCGUAUCCAAGCUUGCUCUGACGGGCCGUCCAUCGAGCAGCACUUCAAGCGGUGGACGCACUCCGAUCGACACGGUCGGGCCGCGCGGCACCGAAGAAGCGGACAACCUACAAGCUGUGGUGGGGCGGGGAGUCGUGUAA